UUGGCUGAGAAUUGUCUUGCGCCACAUCAUGUUGCUAUAGUGGAAGAUCAGCUGGAGCAAAUAAUUGACCUUGUGAAUAAAGGAAAUCCUCGUGUGGUGGGGACGAAACUGACUACGGUAGUAGAGACUCAAACAACUACCACCACAAGUAAUCUUUCAUCAGGCCCACCUACGGCAAGAGCUGCUGCAUCACCUGCACCACCUGCCGCUCAAGUAAUGGCUCCUCAGGGAGUUGCUCCAAACGCUGUAGCUCCUGCACAGCCGGUCGCGGCUGUUCAGUCGCAAACUCCCCAGAUGCCUAUCCCUGCAGCUGUAACUCCUAUAGAAGCGCCUCUUGCAGUUUCACCUCCAGUAGUAAGGAACGAGCAAAAGUCGCUAGCGGGACAAAGUCGCAGUGUUGAUGGAGAAAGUUCUACGAUAGCUACUCCUGUACCGCCGGCAGGCGUACCACAAUCAACCUCACUCCAUGUCAUGAACACCGCAACUGCUCCCACAACUGUAACUGUAACUACUACUACUGGUAUGACAACAACGAGGAAGUCGCGAUUUCAAGUUACUCCUUCCGCAGUCUCAGUUAUCCCACCUACGUCGCUUGCAACCCUACCUUCUGUUGAAACAACAACACAUCCACCAGUGCCUGAGGCUCAUGUACAACAGCUAAGUCCACCAGCGCCAGUAGUAUCUACUGGGUCGUCGCCGAGCACCACGGCUCAUUCGAAUACAUCCUCGGUCAUAAGUAACGCGAGCACGGGAAGUAGAUUCAAGGUGCAAAAUGUUCCCAUACAAGCCACAUUAGCGCCAACGCCAUCCGCCGAAUCUGGCUUUUCAUCAUCUACUUCCACUCAUACUGAAGGUAGCAUUUCAAGCAUAGGAUCUGCUGCCACUCCUUUAGCAGUGCAGCCACCUAUCACAGCAAAUGUUGCAGCGUCUAUGACGAUGGCUGCUCAGCUAGCCUCGCCUGCGACGAUAUCGCUACCAACAGCUCCAGUAGUCUCGUCUGCAAGCAUUAUCCAAGCUCCACCUGAACCUACGCCUGCAUCUGUUGUUCCAACUGCUGCGAUAACCUCUGUAGUGACUGUAGCUACAGUAGUUCCAUCACAUCAACCUCUUAUCGCUAGCACACAUGUCGACCUUUCGGCAUUACAGAAACUGGAUUCAGAGCUUAGAAAAGUGAGCGGCGUAUCGACUGUCAGCGGUGUAUCGACUGUUUCCGCAGGAGCCAAUACAGCGCAUGCUCCUAUCCCUGAAGCUAUGACACAAUCUGCGAUUGCUACACUACAUUCUGGUGCUCAGAUCCAUAAUGCACAUGUUGCAUUGCAUCCUACUACAAGUCUUCCACACACUCCGGCUCAUACGGGAGAAAUUUCUACCAAUCUCGCAGGUUUGAGUGAAAAGCUUGCUGUUCUCAGUCAACAACGAGAGCAGCAGCAGGUGCAACAACAGCGUGAACAGCAGCCAGUGCAACAACCAGUGACACAGCAAGCACAGCAACCAGCAACAGGGCAACCAUUGCCACCUCCCAAGGAAGAUGAUGAACAUCUGUCCAACCAAACAACGGCCAGUGGAACGGAGGAUAUCCAUGUUGACACACUCAAUGGCCUGGCACAAGCGCUUCAGAAGGUGAUCAAUCCGGAACCAAAAGAGCAAACCCCAUUAUCUGGUGGUGAGCUGCAUGGUCGCAUAUCACCCCAUCAAUUUGCAAAUUCGACACAGGAGCUCUAUCAUCUGCCCACUGCGUCAUCCCUACCGUCUGCUUCCAUGGCCGCCACAUCCGAAGAUGAAUCCUCGUCACCAGAAAGGACUGCGACAGGGCUUGCAUCAAUCGUCGCAGGUAGUGCAGCCCCAGUGGAAGCAAUCAAUUUCACAACUUCGCAGUUGUUGUCUUCGAAUACUGCACCAGACCUGUCCCAACGUCUUCGUUGCAUAGAUAGUCUGGCAACGUUCGAGAAUCUGGAAAGCGCAUUGUCGUGCACGCUUGGCACCUCAAGUAUGCGACCAAGUGUGGUUCGCGACGACGCAUCGACACAACACGAUGACUUGUCGAGUGUGUGCGGUAGUGCAUUGUUUCAUGUCGGUACUCCACCGCUGUACAGUGCGUCAGAUUCGGAAUUCGAUCAGGCGGAGGACGACGACGAUGACGAUCCAGAGAUUUUGCAAUUGAUUCAAAGACAUCGGACGCAACUGCUACAACUUCGCGAACAACAAAGACUUGAACUUGAGGAACUACGUGCACGACAACGUCAACUUCGCUUGGUGCGAGCUUCGACAGCAGCACCGGAUCAUCCUAGUGGCGAUCAUAAUAAUCUUAGCCAUCAGGGCACACAUCAUCAUCACCCUUACCGAAAUCCACCGUCAGCGUUGUCACUGCCGGCCAGUCCACCACCUUUACACGUGAACAAUAAUGAGGUUGGCGCCUUUAGAAGUUUUCUUUACUAA